UAUAAAAACUGGUGUACUGUAAGACAAACGAGUGCAAAGCAUUGGCUUACGAAGCAACAACAGGAAAGAAAAAACGUCGGCUGCAGUGCGCCGCGUUUCCAUCAGGUGAUCAGUAUCAGUCGUUUUUUAAGCAAUCAUGGCCGCCUCCCGCCGGACAACAACAUUACUGAAAUCUCUUGUAGGUUCUCAGUUGAGACCUUACUCAAAAGGAGUACGUACAGUAACUCUAAUACCUGGAGAUGGUAUUGGUCCGGAAAUUUCAGCAGCUGUUCAAAAAAUUUUUGCAGUUGCAAAGGUCCCUAUCGAGUGGGAGGUAGUUAGUGUUACUCCAGUGAAAGGCCCAGAUGGAAAAUUUGGUAUUCCUCAAGCUGCAAUAGAUUCGGUUAACAAAAAUACCAUUGGGCUUAAAGGUCCAUUAAUGACUCCAGUUGGGAAAGGCCAUAGAUCUCUAAAUUUAGCACUUAGGAAGGAAUUCAAUCUGUAUGCAAAUGUACGACCAUGUAGAUCAAUUGAAGGAUACAAAACUCUCUAUGACGACGUUGACGUUGUAACUAUACGUGAGAACACUGAAGGUGAGUAUUCCGGAAUAGAACACGAAAUUGUUGAUGGCGUGGUGCAGAGCAUCAAGCUAAUCACGGAAGGAGCGUCGCGACGGGUAGCGGAGUUUGCCUUCGACUAUGCUCGUAACAAUGGAAGGCAAAAGGUUACGGCAGUCCAUAAGGCAAACAUUAUGCGUAUGUCGGAUGGUCUGUUCCUCCGCUGUUGUCGUGAGGCCGCUGAAAAAAAUCCCGACAUCCGUUUUGAAGAACGUUAUCUUGACACUGUAUGUCUGAAUAUGGUUCAAGAUCCAGGCAUGUACGACGUGCUUGUUAUGCCUAAUCUAUACGGAGACAUUCUCUCGGAUCUCUGUGCUGGUCUUGUCGGAGGAUUAGGAUUGACACCGUCAGGCAACAUUGGAACUCAGGGAGCCAUCUUCGAAUCCGUCCACGGAACGGCACCCGAUAUUGCUGGUCAAGAUAAAGCCAAUCCAACAGCCCUGCUGUUAUCGGCUGUUAUGAUGUUACGCUACAUGAAUCUCCCCGAAUACGCUGCCAAAAUCGAACGAGCAUGUUACUCUACUAUUAAGGAGGGGAAGUAUUUAACUGCGGAUUUAGGUGGUAAAGGAAAGUGCUCCGAAUAUACGGAUGAAAUUUGCCAGAAGAUAGAAGCAGAGUAAUUCCGUAACGCAAUCGGUUCUUUCUUGUUUUAGAAGCUUGGCAUACAAUAAGUGAUGUAACUAGUUGAGAUGUGUCUGUUCUUAAAUAGUAAUAUACCAAAAUAGUUGCUUUACACAAA